UCAUAAUCAGCUGUUGUAGUUGUAUUAUUUGUUGAUCAAAACAAGAAGUGAAUCAUUCAUCAAAAAAAUUAUAUCGAAACAUUUUAAAUAACAUGUCGGACUUAUUCAACAAUAUUUUUGGGAAAAAACCAACUCUAAAAGAACAGCAAAGGGAUAAUGAUAGAAAUUUAAGAAAAGCUACGCGUGACAUCGAAAGGGAACGUCGCAAGCUAGAAGAAGAAGAGAAGAAACUCGAGCAAGAAAUUAAAAAGAAUGCAGCUCAGGGAAACAAAGAUUCUUGCCGCAUAUUGGCCAAACAGUUGAUUGAAAUACGCAAGCAAAAGGCCCGAACAUACGCAGCCAAUAGCAAAAUAACUUCCAUUGGGUAUCAGAAUAAAAAUAUUGGCACAAAUGUAGCAUUGAGUAAUGCAAUGAGCACCACAGCUCAAACGAUGUCAGACAUGAAUAAGAUAAUGAAACCAGAGGCCAUAGCCGCCAAUGUUAGGAACUUCCAACAGGCUAAUAUGAAAAUGGAAAUGACGGAUGAAAUGAUCAAUGACACUCUGGAUGAUAUGUUAACUGAGUCUGGCGAUGAAGAGGAGUCAAAUGCUGUAGUAAAUCAAGUUCUUGAUGAAAUCGGCAUUGAGAUAUCAGGAAAAAUGUCAACAAUACCAUCGACGGGAAUGGGUGAAUUAGAGGAUCAACGCACUGACAAAGAUAUAGCAGCACAGUUAGCAAAGUUAAGAUCAACCUAGGGAUUGACAAAAAAAACAACAUAACAGUCCACUACAUUUUAUAAACUAUAUUGUAUUUUGUUAUUGUAUGAUUUUGUUUUAUUGCUUUUUUUUUGUAAUUCUAGAAAUUUUAUAUAGGCUAACAUUCAUACAAAUAUCCCAAAAAUAUAUUUCAAUUGCUUAUAACAUA